GCGGCAUGUACCUACUUAUACUUCACCCCACCACCAACUUCAACCAAAUCCAUGACAUCACAGGAAGCAGCUAUCGCCGACACUCAACUCAUACCGACAGCGCUGCGGUGGAAAGGACGAACCAUGGCUCUCCCUGUGGUAUCCGGGCCCUUCCGACCCGUCGAUCGACAAUGCGUCUUGUCAUACUUACCUAGUCGAUGCUCCCCCCUCAUAAACAACAGAAACAGCUCCAACAAGCUCUUUACCUUCAACUUCCACAUACUAAACAUCGCUUCUCGCUGCCCUUAUAUCCUGCUGCUCUGACACCUACACCUACACACACCAUCCUAUUCGACACAAGACUCACGAUAUACCCCAACAAUACAUUGCAAACAAGCCAGGCCGGAUCUGACAACCUACCGCAACACACGAGAUACACGAGAACUUCCACAUAACCCAACCAAAAAAUGUCAGACAUCCGGACACAGAGUUUGCAGAAGCCCGUGUCAGUGGCCGAGUAUCUCUUUAGAAGAUUGCAUCAAAUCGGCAUCCGCUCAGUCCACGGCCUGCCAGGAGACUUUAACCUGGUUGCUCUCGACUACGUUCCCAAGGCCGGUUUGAAAUGGGUUGGUAGCGUGAACGAGCUCAAUGCUGCCUAUGCCGCCGACGGCUACGCCCGUGCCAAGGGUAUCUCUGCCCUCGUAACCACCUUCGGUGUUGGCGAACUAUCCGCCAUCAACGGUGUCGCCGGUGCUUACUCCGAGCACGUCCCUAUCGUCCACAUCGUUGGCUGCCCUUCGACCAUCUCCCAGCGCAAUGGCAUGCUCCUACACCAUACCCUCGGCAACGGCGACUUCCACGUCUUUGCCAACAUGAGCGAACAUAUCUCCUGCGACGUUGCCAAGCUGGUAAAACCUAGUGAGAUCGCCUCCCAGAUUGACCAUGCGAUCCGGGAGUGCUGGAUCCGCAGUCGGCCAGUGUACAUCUGGCUACCUACCGAUAUGGUUGAGAAGAAGAUCGAGGGCGCUAGAUUGGACACAGAGAUUGAUCUCUCCGAGCCGGAGAAUGAUCCCGACAGAGAGGACUAUGUCGUCGAUGUGGUCCUCAAAUAUCUCCAUGGAGCCAAGAAUCCGGUGGUUCUUGUUGACGCAUGCGCAAUCCGUCAUAGAGUCACUGAAGAAGUCAACAAGCUCAUUGAGAAGACCAAGCUUCCGGUGUUUGUUACUCCCAUGGGCAAGGGUGCCUUUGACGAGACGUCCGAGCACUACGGUGGCGUCUAUGCUGGCAUCGGGUCUCUUCCCGAAGUUGCUAAGCGCGUCGAGGGUUCUGACCUGGUUUUGUCCAUUGGCGCGAUGAAGAGUGACUUCAACACUGCUGGCUUUUCGUACCACACCUCACAACUUAAUACCAUCGAUCUGCAUAGCGACCAUUGCACUGUGCGCUAUUCUGAAUACCCCGGUGUCUCAAUGCGGGGUGUGCUCCGGAAGGUCACUGAGCGCAUCGACGUGUCCAAGCUCUCGAUAACACCUUCUCCCCAGGUCGAGAACGCUGUGGCUCAGAACAAGGAUGACUCGCAGAUCAUCACGCAGGCGUGGUUCUGGCCAAGAAUCGGCGAGUACUUCCAGGAAGGUGAUGUCGUUGUUACCGAGACGGGCACAUCCAACUUUGGUAUCUGGGAAAGCAAGUUCCCUAAGGGCGUCAUGGGCGUGACGCAGGUACUGUGGGGGAGUAUCGGCUGGUCGGUAGGCGCUACGCAGGGUGCGGCACUGGCAGUGAAGGAUCUGGAACAAGAUAGGCGAACAAUCUUGUUCGUGGGUGAUGGUAGCUUCCAGUUGACUUGUCAGGAAGUCAGCACUAUGCUGAAGCAUAACCUGAGGGUUACCAUCUUCCUCAUCUACAACGAAGGCUACACCAUCGAACGCUAUAUCCACGGCAUGGAUGCGGAUUACAAUGAUAUCAUCCGCUGGAACUACACUGAUAUCCCCGCGGUCUUCGGCGCGAAGGAAGGCCAUGCCCAGAAGUUCGUCAUCAAGACAAAGGAUGAGCUGGAGAAGCUCCUCAAAGACAAGGACUUCAAUGAGUAUAAAGGUUUGCAAUUUGUAGAGUUGUGGAUGCCGAAGGAUGAUGCGCCACGAGCGUUGAAGCUCACAGCUGAAAUCUCGGCGAAGAACAACUCCAGGAUCGAGGAUGAGCAGUGAGUGGUCAUGAGAUGAACUGUUUCAUGUCAUAUUGGUGGAGAGGAGGUUAUGGCAGAGUGAAGUAGUGUAACGGGCUCGAUGUGACUAUCGAGAGGUGUGGUACGAUUAUCAUAGUUAACGACUUAGCUGCAUUGAAUGAAGAUAGACAACGGGAGUUUAUGUUGAUAGCACCUUCUGUUUAAACACGUUGUACCGGUAGAAGCUACGUGGAUAAGUGACUUCAGUGUGGUAAUCGUAGGCAAGUACGUAAAUACAAAGUGAGGC